GUCAUCAUAUUGUUUCUAAUUUGUUAUCCUCAUUGUUGCUAAAUUCCUAUAUCGCAAUAUUCACUUAUAAAAAUUAUGGGCCAGAUAAUAUAGUGUCAUUUUACGUUUGAUAAAACAGUAUUACUUGUGUACAUCCUACCUAACUUUGUAUUCUAGUAUCAGUGGAGUGAAAUGAGUGUUUAUCAAGGUUAUUGGAUAUAUAAUUCAUUAUUAUGGUAUAGUUUCACUUGUUAAACUGAUAUACGUAAACAAUUCGUAGUAAUCUCAGGUAAUUCAUACAAAGGUUCCUUUAUAUUUUAGCUAAAGCUGAUGUCUGUUUCUAUAACUACAUUGCCAGUGCAACAAAAAAGUGAGGAAGCUGAGAAAUUACUAAAACAGCUCUUAGAAUGCGUGCAAGACUGCCAAAAAAGAUUCGGGGGCAAAACGGAGCUUGCUACAGAAUUUGAGUGUUGUGUAGCAGGUCUUUGUGUUACGUUAGAAGCUGUUUUAAAUUUUGGUUUAAAGCAUAAAAGUCCCAACAGUCAAAACUCCUCUACUAUCAAACAAGUCUCUGAAAUUGUUGCCAAUACUUUAAAUAUCGGGAAUGACACUCCUUCAUUUUGGCCUUUUAUUUACCGUCAUUUGACAAAGCAUGAACAGGAACGUUACAUUGUUUUAAGACACAUUUGGACAGAUCUUGGAAGAGGAAGAGCUUGGAUAAGGUCUACAUUAAAUGAAAGGUCAUUGGAAAGGUAUUUUCACACGCUCUUGAGCAACCCUCUCCUUUUAAGAGAAUUUUACGAACCUUGGUCUGUUCUUAGAGAUGAAGAAAAAAAUAGCAUGCUGCCUAAUAUGGCAGCAGGUUUGAAUUCUAUAUUAUUUGCUAUAAGUAUUGAUAAACCUGAGUUCAAUAGUGGCGUAACGUUAAGGAAAGAAGUUUAUCGGUGUAAAGCUGAGCCAAUCAUAGAAGCUCCCAUACCAGAUAACAGAGUAAAAGAAAAGCCGAAACGGAAGCGUAAAGUCGCUCGCCAGUUCAUUUCAUUCGAAGACGAUGAUAGUUAUCUAUCGACCAGCAUUCCUUCAAGUUCCAGCAGCACUACUUCAGACUCCACAUCUUUAGGGGAUAGUGGAUGUCUCAAAACUAAACCUAAACACUGCCUUAACCAAAUAGUAGAGGAAAAGUUCAAUAAGUCUCCGAAUAAAAUGGAAGGUACCAAAGAAGAGCAGAAACCGAAAAUGGUUAGGAAGUUGUCCAUUGAAAAUAGUGGUGCUAGAGAUAAAUAUUCGACAGCUGUACCUGGCAGUUUGACUCCAGUGACUCAGGAAGAAAUUGGUGAAUUGACGCCCGUUUCAGUUGAAGUUAAUAAAAAUUUCGAAUCUCCCGAUAACUCUGAUGAGAUAUUAGAGCUUCCUACUGAUAUUAGCGCAGUGUUGAGCGCCGUUGAAACUAAAAACAAGGAAGAGAUAGACAAGAGAGAGGAGAAGAUCGAGAUGUUGACGAAAGAGAAUGAUUCGUUAAAAGACCAAGUCAAGAAGUACCUAAGCGCUAUACAAAUGCUCAGAAAUGACGAUGAUGAGAUUAGUGAUAUUCUUCAAGAUCUGGAAAUAGAAGCGCAACCAAAUUAUAAGGUAGAGGCCAAAAUGUUUGAGAAGAAGUUAGUGCAGGUUGCAGAAAUGCACGCAGAAUUAAUGGAUUUCAACGUCAUGCUCCAACAGAAUAUAUGUCAAAAAGAAUCGUUAUUAGAAAGACUCAGGGGAGAACUGGAAGCCCUAAGAGGUCCCAUGCCCUCUGAUGAGAUGAAUAGUGAAGGCAACUUUGGUAGUGUCAAUAUUUGGAUACCGUCGGCGUUUUUGACAGGUACCGGGUCAAAUUCGCAUCACGUAUAUCAAAUAUUUUUGAGAGCCGGAAACGAUGAGUGGAACAUUUAUAGAAGAUACGCUCAAUUCCAUGCGUUACAUACGGAUCUCAAGAAACUAGAUCCUAUUGUAGGCACUUUUGAUUUUCCUCCAAAGAAAAGUCUUCGGAAAAAGGAUUCUACAUUGGUUGAAGAUAGAAGAAAACGGCUACAAAUAUAUCUAAGGCGAGUUAUUGCUCACUGGCCAGAACUAGCUCAAUGCAAUUGCAGGUUCCUCCUAGAACAGCAUUUAUCAUUUUUUAAGGACCAACGAGAAGACCUCCAUCACAAAAACGCAAAUCCUAUUCGAAGAAAUACAGCUCCUAAUACCAAUAAUCACUCAGGUCUUUAAUAAUAAUUCCAUUAACUAAGUUUAUAUUUAUUUGAGAUUAUUUGAGAUUAGUUUAAUUAGAGCGAUAAAGUAAUAUUUACUGAAAUAAUUCUAUCUCUCCGGGAAGUCCCGAACGAAAUCUUGUUUUAAUAUUUAUAUAUCAGGGACUUAAAAAUGAGGCUUAAAUCCUUAAACAACUUCGUAUUGUUUGUUAUAUAAAUAAAAAGAGUUAAUACCCAGGCAAUAUAUUUGGAAACAUGUUAUUGUUUGAGAACGUUUUUAAAUUAAAUGGAUUAAGUUAUUAUAAAUUAAAAAAUGUUGUAAUUAUAUUGUUUUAUAGUAUGUUUAAUCCUUCAAACAUUAUGUAAACAGGGCUUGCAUUAUCUUAGAGUAGCAAAAUACCUUAUAAAGUUUCGAGAGGUAGGGAAACUUAAUAAAACGAACUAAAACCAGAAGUAGAAUGUGUGAGAGUACUAAAGGCUUCCACGGUUGAAAAAAUAAAACUUAAAACUAAGAUUGAUAUUAUAAGAACUAAUACUAAACUUGCUCAGUCUCUGAGUUAAUCUGCGUCGAUUUUGUCUAUGUCGAGUUUUCCGCUGUUUUUGGACUAUUUGCAGGACUUGAUGUUCUUUAUCCUCUUACUGAUGAGACAGUUCACCAGCACAGUGAGAUCAUAUUUAUUAUAUAUUAUAGGAUGUCCCAAAAGUAGCAGAACGGUCGAAUAUUUCUCGAAUUGAACAUCCGAUCGAAAAACUGAAAAAUACGUGUUCAAUAAUUUUCAAAUCUCAUGGACGGGCUGAAAGAGCUUAAUAUUCAGACUCGACUUUCCUCUAUUUGCCUCUCCACCGUCUUAAAAUUUUUCGGCCAUAUUGCAAGAAGAAGUGAUGAUAAUCUUGAGAGACUUAUAAUUUCGGGAAACUUUGAAGGUCGCAGAAGUAGAGGUCGCUCACCUACUCGAUCAAGUACAGAAAGCCAGUGGAAAACAUUCUCUGAAUCCAUGAGAGAAGCUCAGGACAGAAGCCGAUGGAAAGAGAUAGUUGCUCGUAUUAUAGGGAAUCACGACACUCAGCAAUGGGGAAACGACUGAGGAGGAGGAGGAUCUUAAUUUUCAGGUAUCCCUAUCCCUAUUAAAAAAGUCCAGAGAACUGAGAUCAGGAUACUUGAAAGGCCAGUUAAUGGUGCCUCUCGUGAAAUCAGUUUAUGCGGGAACGAUUCGUUUACCGCAGAAAUUGGUAAUUCAUGGUAUAAGUAUGCUAAGUGACUUUGUCUUGCCGAAACCAUGUUCUUGAGAUAUUCUUUAAACUCUCGCAACUAUUGGACAAAUAAUAUUUUCGCAUUUCGUAGUAAUGUUCACUAUUCACAGUGAGUGAUCAUCCGCAUUGAUCUUCGUGGAAAUGCAUAACGAUGAUGCCUUUAUCGGACAUUGAAGCCCAGAACUGUGACCUCUAAGCACUCUAAGGCAUUCUGCACACGAAGCGUAUCGUCAUAGACGAGUAUAAGUUUCGUCAUGCAGCGACGAUUCCUUUACGCCUUAAAAUCCGCAAACGAUUCGAUUUGCAAGCGGCAUGUGAUCGUCUUGUUUUAAAGUUUUCCAUGCUUUUACAGUAGUUGCAAAGAUGUUAAGUGAUGAAGAGGACUUACAUUUGUUAAAUUAUCUUCGCCACCGCAAAAAAAAGAAACAGAGGAAAUUUUGGGUGCAUCCUUGUAUCUACAAAAACUACAACAUAAGGUUAUUUAUUGCCGCCAAAGAGUUGUCAGAAGUCGGAAGAUGACUCUAAAUUCCACACAUUUUUCUGGAGUACUCUUGUUUGGGUAUUAUUAUAUAAACACUGAUAAUUUUCAAUCAGUUGGACAAAUUUUAAUAUUUGAUCCGCCAUUCUCAUUCUGUCAAAAAAGGUGAGCGACUGACAUCGUUGUACGCCUGGCGGCUUGAAGCUUGUAUGCAUUGACGAUUCCGCGCCGCUUACUCUUCGUGUACAGUAUUCCAUAAAGACACAAGUGAGCAGCACGAAAGCGUAUGCUUUUCGUACGUCGCAUCUAAUACGCGUCUAUGACGAUACGCUUCGUGUGCAUUAUGCCUAAGGUAUGAAGUGGUCAUAAUGAUUCAACUCUAUCCAAUAGCGACAGUUCUGAUCUCUCUUAGAUUUAUUAGAUCUCUUAGAUGUAACCGUUCUUUUAAAUCAACUGCAAGGUCAGUGUUUAUUUUCUUUUGGGAUUGUAUAAUGAUGCAUUUUGACUAACUGAAGCACUCAUUCCUUCACCUCUAUAUCGCGGGCGACUUAUGUCUUGAGUUUUCUCAGUUGAUCCGGUUGUCUCGAACAAUCGAAUCCAAUUUCUGAGAAUGAUAUUCUGCACGUGACAAAUGCUGAGCGCGAACUAUGGAAAUCAUCAUGAUGAAUCAUCAUCAUAUUGAAUCAUCAUUGAUGCAACUCCGUUUCUACUGAAUCUCCACGAAAUAGUGUCCGACGCUAACCAACCCGGAGCUCUCGCACUGUGCUGAGACAACCACAAUACAAAAACAAAACUUUCUCCCUCUGCUUUCGAUACCUUAAAUACCUUAAUUUAAAUGUAAAGUAUAAGUCCACACUUUUGAUUCUUACAACUUACGUUGGCGAAUUGGCGUUGCUUACAAUGACAUAUUUCCAACAAAAAAAAAAGAAAGCUGUUUAAUUUGGUAAAGCGGUACAUAAUAAUGAUUAUCCGAGUUUCACCAUUUUUAUAUAAGAUCAAGUGCAAUGUACAAGAUUUAAUUUUGAGUUCUUCCCGUUAACAUUAUUACAUCAUACGAAGUGAGUUCACGUAUACUCUUAUUAUAGAUCUAUAUAAUAUGACUAACUUUUAGUUGAAUAUUACAUAAAUUUUUUGGACAAUAGAUAUCGGUCAUUUUCCUCAUUUAUGUUAAUAAUAUAGUCCGUACAAUAUAGAUACCGUUGCACGUCAUUAUCUACGUCAGAGAUCUAAGUUGACAUUGUUGCCCAAUUACAAAAAAUUCUUGAAUUCAUUUUAUAUCAAAUAUAUCACAUAAUUAGCGCGAAGUGGAUUAUACGAUAAAACAAAUUAAUAUUCAAUAUAAAUAAAAAAAACAGAAAUAGAAAACAAGAAUUAAGUUAUAAUCUUACGUUAAAGUAAAUAAUAAAAACAAAUCUGUAAUGUCAAUACCGCAACUGUCAAAUAAAUGUUACCAAUUUAUGCCAAUUUAUACCUUUGUUCAAUCGCAGUUAGAGUGUAAUCCGAACAAGUGUGCUUUAUAAAAACGCUUUAUAUUCCACUUAUACAAAUUAAACGAAACAAGUUAGGGUAUAUUUCUUUAUAUUUAAAUUAAUAGAAAUCUUUCAAUAUUAUUUCUACGCGUAUAUAAUAAAAUAUGUCUAGUGGCUGUAAUUCCAGUGUACCCAGCUAAACGAUUCUAAAAAGGAACACACCUACGACUUAAAUAAUCGUGUGACGUCACGUGCUAUGACGCGGAUGACGUGCAACGGUAUCUAUAUUGUACGGACUGUAUUGAAUGUGUUAAGUGUUCACCAGGUUUUGCGUGGUAAAUUGAAAACAAAACGUGACUUUCUGUUAUGCAAGCCAUAUUUUUGUUGAAUUCAACAUUUUACUGGUCACCAUUUAUGAUUAGUUAACUAGUAAUUUGUUAUGUUGAAUUUGGUUAUGCGAUAUCCGAUAAGAACUUAGCUUCUCCGCCCUAGUGCGUCACUAUUGCAAGGGAAAUAUACCAUCGUAGAUGACAUUCUUGUAGACCGCCUAUGUCAAAAUCUGAGCCAAAUCGGACUUGUAAUUUUUUUUAUUUAUUUAGAAAAACAUACAAUCCACAUCAACCACGCAGGGUUAUUAGAGGAGUAGUAACGUACACAAGAAUUCGUUUUAUUAUAUUAAAUAGAUGUAUAUAAAAGUAAAUAUUUUAAAUAAUUUAAUACAUGUUCAGUGUUUAUGUUUAAAGUGAUUUUGAUGCCAUCUGGGAUUACAUAUUUUCUUCUUGUUUCUUCGUAGUACAUGUAAUCAAUCAGAAUAUAUGCUUUACGUCAAUCAGAAUAUGCUUUCUAGAGCGUUGUGAGGCAAGUCGUUAUUAGAAUGUAUAGUGUUGUUUUGCAUUCAGAUGUACAUACAUUUUGUUCAACAUUCUUUUAUAAGAAUAAAAGGUUUCCUGUAAGGUGAAAUGGUAAAAAACGGUAAAAAUAAAUAUUUUUAAUUACAUAUUUAAUUAUGUACCAGGAAAAAUACGGAAAUUUUGGGUUGAAACUCGGGUAAUUCCUUUUAAGUUAUGCUAUACUAAAAACUAUUAACAACUUUAGUGUUAUAACAAGUUUUAAUUUUUAAACUUUUGUAUAUUUUUCGAAAUCGUUUCCAUGUGAUUUAUUUAAGAAUACCAUAUGGAAUAUUACAACAUCUCGAUAAAAUGUAUUGUAUUUGUAUUAUGUUAUAUUAACAUUUAGUAAAAUAUAGUAGUCCGACCAAACAGCAUCUGCGUAGAUCUUGCUAGGUGGGUGAUUUUUAUUAAAAAUAUCUUGCUCUUCGGUCAGACUACUAAGAUCUGAAAUCAUCGCAAUAACUUUUAAUAACCUGAAAAAUUCCUAUCUUCGAUAUUAUGAUUUUAUACAAAUAUUGUUUAUUAUGUAAAGAUGUAUAUAUAAAUUUUUAUUAUGUUUAUUAUAGAGAAACUAUGCCAAAUGAGUAAAAGGAGAUAAUAGU